AUGGGGAUUUGCUCCCUGCUCAGCAUCUCGCAGAAAAUCGCCAGCUCUCUGUUCUUCUUCUCCUCUCGGUUCCAGUCACGGCUUGGAUCGAUUCUGUCGAUUCUUGGUGUUCUGGUGUUCAUCUUGCUGGUGAAUGCAAUACUGGCAAAGCUCCCGCCUUCUUGGCGAGACUUUGUGACUUCACGCCGCCACAUGAAGAAGCAAAUGACUCUCACUGAGUUGUCAGCUGCGAUAAAUGUGGAAGAGCAUGCAAGGUCCAGUAACAAGCCAUCCCAGCAACUCCAGGCUCACGUUGUUGAGAAGGGUGGAGACAGAAAAUUCCAGAAGAAGAAGAAGAACUCUCCACAGAAGAAUCUGAACCAACCUAAGUCCAAAAAGAUGAAGAAGAAAAAGGAGGACUUUAUCUGCCACGUUUGUGGUGUCUCCGGCAGCGCACCGGUCUUGAUGGGAAAUGGUGUUCCGGCAGCAGUUCGAGGUACUGGACAGGUCUACCUGAAGUUAACUUUAGGAAAGACGCUCGUGCUGAAGGACGUACUCUAUGGUCUCAAAUUAGUGUUUGAGUCUAAUAAAGUGGUCCUGUCUAAGUUUGGUACUUUUGUUGGAAAGUCAUAUGACUCAGGUGGUUUGUUCCGUAUUUCUGUUUUGAAUAAUCAUUCUUCUUACCAUGUUAAUGUGGUCUGUAAUAACGAUUCCAUUAAUGAUAUAUGGCAAGCUAAGAGAUGGAAACACCCACACUUGCAGCUGGACUGUGAUUCUGAAGGUUCUGCUCUCGUGUACCAAGUGACAGGGGUUCUCCCCUACUUAACCUCUCGCGGAGGGAAGCUGAAGGAGAAGGGUCGCAUGCGGCACGCCAAGAGACGGGCAGCUGAAGGGUAA